CACAACACCAUGUCGUUAUUGCGAACUCGUGCGUUUGCUCUCUUUGCUCGAAGUAGGUCACUGGCAAGAACGUGGUCACCAAUUACAGCAUCGUAUCAUAAAAACGUAAUUGAUCACUACGAAAAUCCGAGGAACGUUGGAAGCUUCGACAAAGACGAUAAGAAUGUGGGAACGGGUUUGGUUGGAGCUCCGGCGUGUGGAGACGUCAUGAAACUGCAGAUCAAAGUUGAGGACGGGAAGAUUGUUGAUGCAAGAUUUAAAACGUUUGGCUGCGGCUCGGCGAUUGCGUCCAGUUCGCUAGCUACAGAAUGGGUGAAAGGGCGCACUACCGAAGAGGCAACAGACAUCACCAACUCUGACAUUGCGAAGGAGCUCUCGCUCCCUCCAGUCAAGCUUCACUGCUCAAUGCUAGCCGAGGAUGCAAUCAAAGCAGCAUUGAACAACUACAAACUGAAGCAGCAGGAAGAAGUGGACACGACAGCAACAGCAGCAGCUGCUGCUGCAUCCAGAUAGCAACUCUAGGCUUCUGUUCCACAACAGGUACGUACCUACGUACACCCAAUAGCUUAUGAA